AUGGAGCCUCUGUACAUGGUGCUCAGGUUCUACCAGGUGAGCUACCAGGGUUUUGGAGUGACGGCCCCAUCCACUGUGACGGGGAAGGUCUUGCUUGUUUUCUAUGGGUUGCUGGGCUGCUCGGCUACCAUACUCUUCUUCAAUCUCUUCCUGGAGAGAGUCAUAACAUUACUGAGCUUGCUGAUCUUCUGGUGCCACAGAAAAAGAAUGGGACACAGUGGACAGGAGGGCCGAGACAGUGAAGAUGAAAGAAAUGGAGAAUGGAAACCAUCCGUAUACCAAGUCACACUCAUCCUUUUUGUUGCUGUCCUGCUGGUUGCAUGUGGUGCUGCCUCUCUCUAUUCAGCCAUGGAGGGCUGGACUUACAUGGAGUCCCUCUACUUCUGCUUUGUGGCGUUCAGCACAGUGGGCUUUGGGGACUUUGUUAGUUGCCAGAGAGAGCACCAUGAAGGCACCUGGGCGUACCAGGUUGCAAACUGUCUCCUGAUGCUCUUGGGAGUAUGCUGCACUUAUUCCCUCUUUAACAUCAUCUCUGUGAUCAUUAAACAGGGACUGAACUUGAUGCUGAAGACACUGGCCUGGAUGUAUAGUGGUAUCAACCACAAUAGGCUGCAACUCCGACCACUGUUUAAACUCUGUUUUACUGCUUCUGAGCCACCUAUAUUUUAUUGUGAAGAUGACACUUUGCGUGGACAGCAGGUGCAAGCAGUUUCCAGUUCAGGCCACGGUAUGAUGUGGCACUCCUGUGUUCCCAAUGCUAUUGGUAAAUGCCUUUGUGAUGAGGCUCAAGUGGAAACAGUGUGCCAAAGAGAGAUAGGCAGUGGGAUCUCUGCAAAACAGGAGCAGGAUAAUUGUUCACAUGAAAAAAAUACAGUCUAUGCUAGACCACUGCCAACUUGGCUAAAUUAA